GCAAGGGCAUGGCAGGACCGGGCAGGGCCGGGCCGGGCGGCAUCAUCAUGGUUUUCCAGCGAGAGCCGCCCGAGCAUCGCGCAAAAGGGCAGACGUGCAGCAUUAACGAAACAGAAGUGGUCGCGGAUGGAGGUCUCGUUCGAUCGUCUGCAGCAGCCAGGUAGCAACAUAGCACAGGAAUCGAAUCAGCAUCAGCAGCAGCAGUACGAGCGCAACCCGAAUCAAUCGCAAGCGAACACGCCCGUGAAUUGCAUUUUGCUGUCCGCUCGGUAGUUUGUGUGUGCGUAGUGUGUAGUGUGCGGCGAUUGCGAAUAUUUGUUACAUCUUCGUUUGAGUUUUGUUUUUUCUUUUGCUCCGGUCCUUUUUUACCGUGCACGGAAACGGGCGCUCUAUCUAUUUUAUUUGUUUCAUUUCGGUUCGGUUUGUUUAAAAAAUUAAAACACCCCCCGGUGCAUCGCGCUGCAAUCGGUGCAUUAUCGGUGCGUGCGUACGCGCCCGUGUGUAUGUGUGUAAGUGUGUGUACACUUUCGGGUAUAUUAUCUCGCGCCCUGUGGCCCACCGACGCCGGUGACCGCCGACUUCCCGUGCCGUUUUUAGCCGGGACUGCAAGGACAAAGUGACAGUGACGGAAGCGGAACGGAACGGAAAUAAUUUGCGGCCCUACUAGUGCGUGUGUUUCCUUGUGUUUGUGUGUAUAUGUGUAUGUAAGGUACGCACAACCGUAAGCGGCCCGAGCCAGCAAUCAGCAGCAAUCAAGCAGUAGCAACCCAAAGCAACAGCAACAACAACAACAAAAUACAAGACAUCCCGAAGCGGCCGGCAAACGCUCAAGCUCAAGGCGAAAAGUCACCAUUUUAACGCACACACACAUACCGGAUACCUUCUAGCAAAGCAAAGGCUAAACCAGUGCGCGAUCACGAUGGCGUGGCGGUUCAAGGCGUCCAAGUACAAGAAUGCGGCCCCGAUCGUGCCGAAGCCGGAGGCGUGCAUACGGGACAUCUUCGUCGGGUCAUAUCAAACGUACGGCAAUAACAUUGCCGCGUCGGCCGCCUUCAUCGCGUUCAACUGGGAGCAUGCCGGGUCGAGCCUGGCUGUGCUGCCGAUCGACGACUGCGGGCGCAAGAGCAAGACGAUGCCGCUGCUGCACGCCCACUCGGACACGGUGACAUAUCUCGACUUUUCGCCGUUUCACGACGGGCUGCUCGCGACUGGCUCACAGGACUGCCUGGUGAAGGUGUGGCACAUCCCGGAGAAGGGUCUGGAGCAGUCGCUCUCGACGCCCGAGUGCACGUUCACGACCAAGCAGCGGCGCGUCGAAACGGUCGGCUUCCAUCCGACCGCCGACUGUCUGCUGUAUGCGACCGCAGUCGGCUGGGUCAGCCUGUGGGAUCUGACCACUCAGCAGGAAGCGUUCUCGAACAACGAACAUCCGGAGGUGAUCCAGUCGCUUAGCUGGAAGCAGGACGGCCGGCUGUGCGUAACCAGCUGCAAGGACAAGAUGGUUCGCGUGCUGGACCCGCGCGCCAGCGCCCCGAUCACGCUCGCCGCCGAAAGCCACCAGAGCAUCAAGGACUCGCGCGUGGUCUGGCUCGGCGAGCAGAACCGCAUCCUCAGCACCGGCUUCGAUGCGGCCCGACUCCGCCAGGUCAUCAUACGCGACCUGCGCAACUUCUCGGUGCCGGAGAAAACGCUCGAGCUCGACUGCUCGACCGGCAUCCUGAUGCCGCUGUACGAUCCCGACACGAACAUGCUGUUCCUGUCCGGCAAGGGUGACACGACGAUCAACUAUCUCGAGGUGACGGACAAGGACCCGUACCUGAUCGAGGGCAUCCGGCACUCGGGCGAACAGACCAAGGGCGCCUGUCUGGUGCCGAAGCGAGCGCUCAAGGUGAUGGAGGGCGAGGUGAACCGCAUCAUGCAGCUCACGUCCAACUCGGUCAUCCCGAUCAUGUACCAGGUGCCGCGAAAGACGUAUCGAGACUUUCACAACGAUCUCUACCCGGACACGAACGGCUACAAGAGUGAAAUGACUGCCACACAGUGGCUCAACGGUGCCAACACACCCGUGCCGAAGAUUAGCCUCGAUCCAGCGAAACGGGAACAUGGCGAUGCACCAAUCAUUGUCCUCCGCGGGCCACUGACGGAGGUGGUGAACAAUAUCGCGAACAAGAUGCGCAGCGCCCAGUCGCCGAACAACAUCUCGACCGCGGCGAAGAUCGAGCGCGAACCGUACGUGAAGCCGACGUUCGUGCCGAUCAAGGAAAAGAUCAAGCACAUGGAGCAGCAGUCGCACACGGAAAAGUGUGAGCUCGAGCAGCGCUUCAAGGAGAUAUCGGCGGUGCACAAGGAGCGGGACGAGGAGGGCAAUGGUACACCGCUGACGGUCGAGAACAAUGGCAACGGCAAUCAUCAUCCGCACCAUCAUCCGCAGCAGCAGCAGCGCGAAACGUCCUGCUCUUCGUUCGACUCGGAAACGGAUGGGGGACGGGUUGCGGGCGAAACGACGCCGCCCAAGCCACUGCCGAGGACCUCGCGCAACAACUCCGUCUCGGAGCAGCUGGCCGGGACGGCCGGUUCGGUUGGCAGCGGGGAGGACGUGAGCCCGCCCGGGCCGGUGGCCGCACCGGCGGGAGCGACCAACGUGCCGCGCCCAGUUGCCCGACCGCGCACCACCAGCGGAUACAAGCCACGCCUUGGACCGAAACCGUUCUGUAGCACCGGUUCGUCCGGGGACUUCUCGUUCGAGAAGGUGUUUAACGUGCCAGCCGUACCGGGUGCAGAACCGGGAAGCGACAAGGAAUCUGCCGCUCUGCCCGGCCCGACGGUCGGCGACAGCAGCGCGCCGGCUGAAAAGAACGGCAACACCUUGACCGUGUCGCCCGAACCGGACGAGCCGAAGGACGACAGUCCAACCGAGCCGGGAAAACCCGAGCCGGCCGAACCGAUGGACCAGUGCGACGUCGAGACGCGCACCAUACCGCAUGCCGAGCUGCGCAAGCCGGGUGAACAGGAAAAGAUAUUUGAACGUCAAGCGUCGUCGGAGUCUGUCGACCAGUUCGAUGCGACCGCGGACGACGCAAAGGGCCAGUUCGAGCGGCUGAGCGCCCAGCGCACCAGUCUCGCCGAACGGCGGCGCAUGUUCGAGAGCCGCUCGCAGAGCGUGCAGGACGGGGAGAAGGCAAGCUCGCCGACACCGCUCCGCCGCCGGGAAUCGCUGAAGGUGCGCGGCGAGCAGAAAUCGUGCGCGGACGACACCGACCUGAUGCCGCCGCCGCCGGCCACCGACUUUCUGCGCAACCGCAGCGACCUGUCCAAGGAAAACAUGCCGGACAUAGUGAAGCGCAGCAACAGCACGGCUGGCGUGUCGACGGUCGCGUCCAGCAACAACGCCUCCGCUAACAACAACAACAACAAUGUGGCGUCCAAGCGCACUUCGACCGUGUUCGGGCGCGUGUCCAAGUUCCGCCAUCUGAAGGGUACGCCCGGACACAAGAGCACGCACAUCGAGAACAUACGCAACCUGAGCCGCCAGAUACCGGGCGAGUGCGACGGCUUUGCGGCAAAUGCGGCGCGGGUCGCGGUGCCGAUCGCGGGCGCCGGCGGCAAGAUUGCGGUGCUGGAGCUGAACGAUCCGGGGCGCCUGCCGGACGGCGUCAUCCCGACGCUGGUCAACAUCCAGAACAUUAUGGACUUCCAGUGGGACCCGUUCGAUGCGUCCCGGCUGGCGGUGGCCUGCGACGACGGCUCGGUCAAGCUGUGGCGCAUCCCGGCCGGCGGGCUGACCGAGCCCACGAACGAGCCGGAAGCGGUGCUGGUGGCUCACGCCGACAAGCUCUACACGCUACGGUUCCACCCGCUCGCGCAGAACGUGCUGCUCACCGCGAGCGUCGACAUGGUGAUGAAGGUGUGGGAUCUCGGCACGAUGGAGGAAAAGUGCACCCUGUACGGUCACACCGACCAGAUCUUUUGCUUCUCGUGGAGCCCGUGCGGCCGGUACGGUGCGACCGUGUCAAAGGACGGGCGCAUCCGCGUGUACGAGCCGCGCCAGUCGAGCCAGCCGAUCGGCGAGGGCACCGGACCGGUCGGGACGCGCGGGGCCCGCGUCUUGUGGGCGCUCGAGGGCGACUAUCUCGUGGUGACCGGCUUCGACAAAGUCUCCGAACGGCAGAUCUACGUGUACAAGGUGACCGAUCUGAGCGCGCCGAUGGGCAUGGUCGGGCUGGACGUGUCGCCCGCCAUCCUGAUGCCGUACUACGACGAGGACAGCUCGACGCUGUUCGCCACCGGCAAGGGCGACAGCACGAUCUACUGCUUCGAAAUUACCGACGAGGCGCCGUUCAUUUGCCCACUUUCGCACCACCGCUGCACCAAUCUGACCCAGGGCCUCAGCUUUCUCGCCAAGAACCAGUGCGACGUGGCGGCGGUUGAGUUUGCGCGGGCCCUCCGCCUCACGAACGGGACGGUCGAGCCGCUCAGCUUCACCGUGCCGCGCCUUAAGGUCGAACUGUUCCAGGAUGAUCUGUUCCCGCCGACCCGGGUGCUGUGGCAGCCGACGCUGACCGCCGCGGAGUGGUUUGCCGGCCGGGACGUUGCGGCCGCCCGCAUCAGCAUGAAGCCGGACGGCAUGGAUACGCUGUCCUCGAUUCAGCCGACCGUUACGACCACACCGUCGAAGAAGAGCGACACCGUGCUGAUGACCCAGGGCAUACACAAACCGUUCGCCAAAGCGCCCGAACACGUGCAAGAGCAGAUUAAAAAUGCAGUCAGCGCACGCAUGUCCGUGAACAAGAAGCUCGAACAGGACAGCAUGGAAGGCGUAGACGAGAAGGAGUGGGAAGAAUAAAGAGCCAAACGAACGCUGGAACAGAACUGACCGCUUGUGCGAAGUGGUCGCCUGUUCUUUAUUCCUUCGACAGUCGCAACCGAUUAUUAAACCAGCACACGGGGCCGGUGCCGGUGAUUUCUCCGCAAAACGGAAUCCUCAUAUUCAUUUGCAAUUUACAUUUAUCAACUUGAUCGUGUCCGACGAAGCCGAGAUGAACGGGGAGGUGGGCUGGGGGAUGAAACUUUCCUUCAUCCUCCACCUUGCAAUGCAAGGUCGAAUCUCGGCCGAAGAGAAAGAGAGCGGGAGACGAGCAAAAGGCACACGCGUGCUACUACAUAUUUGCGCAACCGAGCAGUUGGCGCGUAGCUUAGUGAGUAUUAAUGAGGGCAUCCCGGUAAUAAAGUGUAGCGACACUACACUACAAGAUAGAAAAACAAAAGGAAAACAAAAAAAACACAAAACGCAACCGGAGACUGAACACCACACAAACCAAACGUACGCGCACACGCGCAAAAACCAUUCAGAGCUCAUUCCUUUGCCGCGCACGUGGUGGCGGUGGCCAAACAAACGAAAACGCAAAACAUUCGUUCGAGCGCUCCAGGCCCGAAUAUCUGCCAAAUGCGCCAGCACGCCGAUAGACAACGUAACGUAAAGACCAAAAUCCUAUUUGUAUGUCUGUGUGUAUGUUUGUAUGUGAAUAUUGUGGGCUUACCAAAAGGCCAGGAAGCGCAGUGGCUGCUGUUGUAGAACCGUUUUAAGCACGAACCCUGCCGAACCCGUUUUUUUUUAUUUGGCCGAAGGAAAAAAGAAACAACACAAUCACACCGAUACAACAACACUGCCCCUAUCCCCAAUGGAGAGUGGUACAGGGAAAACAAACAAAAAAACAUUUCGAUACCUAUAGGAUUUAUACGAUUUACACCGGUGCAAUAAGAUAGGGAAAGAGAGAGAGAGAGAAUGAGAGAGAAAGAGAAAGAGAGAGAGAGAGAGAGAGAGAGAGAGAGAGAGCAAUGCAUUCACUCAUUUCAUUUUUCCUUUAAGAACACGCUACUCGAUCUCGAUGGUGCCGCCAUUUGCGAAAGACAAGGAAAAGAAACCACGAAUGACAAUAUAUUUUGUAACUGCGCCUACCAUACCUAAAAAACCAAAAGCAUGAUCGUAAGGGCACGGUGAGGCGGCUUGCUGACAUUGAUGGGUCGAUGUUUUUGCGGCUCAUCGCUGGCCUUUCCCACUGCUUCUACCAUGCCGUAGCUGUCCCCGACGCAGCCAGGCAUGAUCCGAUGAACGCUCUAACACUAAUUACCAAGUGUUUUUUUUUUUUUUUUGGUACCAACCAAGACAAAUGAGCAAUAUUGACAACCAAGCGCCCAGGGAGGUGGCCCCUUUCCUCUAGCCCCCACCGCUGUGUAUAGCGCUAACGUAUGUGUUGUUUUCUUUUUUCUUUUUGCAUUUACCUUUCUCGAAAAAAUAGAACUACAGCGCGGGAUUACGAUUAGGGGGGAGGGUGCACCGGUGCGGGGAAGCUUUUGUGCUUAGUUAUUGCUUGACGAAGGCCGGCUCGCUUUACCCGCCCCAAGGGGUACUUCAUUUAUGGGGAGGAGGGGAAAGAGGGGAAUACCAGCAAACGGUAUCUCCUGCUUGCAUCUGAUAUCGCAUUCGAAUUAGAGGAGCAAAAACCUAAAAACGAUUUUGUAUUUAACCUACAAUGGACGGAUAGAUGCUUUUUUACAAAUAACUAAAGGCUAGUCAAGAAGGAAAUAGUGCGAGAAAGAGAUAAUGAGAGAAAAAGAAGAAGAAAGAAAGUGAAGAAGCGAGAGAAAAACUGAGGGAGUUUGAGUAAUGUGUGGAUAAAACAUAUGUGCAAACAUAAUAUGCGUCAAAAUGCUACAGUAGAUCGUUGGUAGUGAAACAGCAGGCCAAAAACAGGGCAUUUAGAAGGAAUGUCCAAGAAUGGAAGGUACCACGGCCGCAGGGAUGCUAGAAGAUGAAAAGAUACAGCAAAGGUAACAAGGAAAAAACCAAUUGGAAGGUGUGAAGGGAGGGACGUGAAAGAAGCAAGGACGUCUCGAAUAUGAACAAACAGUGAAAAAAAACACAAGAAACGCACAAAGGGUAGCAAUUAGGACGAAUGAACCAAAACCACAUACAAACGUCAAGGAGAAACGCUUUACGCAAAGACUCGCCCUCGAAGCUUUCUUUUAUAAGCUUUUUGUUUCAUUCUUUUUACACUUCAAAAAUUCAAAAUUCUCGAAUUAUGUGUCUAUAUGUGUGUGUGUGUGUGUGUGUGUUUCUCGCCUACGCGAAACAAGAAGACCUGUACAUAUGAAACCAAUCUUUAGUUUUUGUUUACCCUGCCGCGUCAUUUGUGGUAUUUAAUAGGGCAUAGUUAGCUUCGUUUCUAUUUAUCAUCCAUAUGUAAUUGUAUUCGUGCUAAAACCACAAAACACAAAAGUACCGUGCUAAACCAUUGUGAUCAAUUCAUAGGCGAGAUCUUGCGAACUUUGCUGCGUGUCUCUUCGUACAGCAUUAACAAAGGAGAGUGGGGGGGGGGGGGGGGUGGGAGGGGGCAUAAACUGAUGAGCGGAAGUGAAAAGCUUAACGGCGGUUGGAUUACGAAAUAUCGUUAGCAAAAAUGGACAGGACAUAGGAGUAAGGGGAAUGCGAAUGCCAGAACAAAGAGCGUGCCAUUUUCAAUGCUUACGAUGAUCUAGAAGGGGAAGGGGAGGGGGCUAUUGGGGGUCCUGCAACUUUUUGCGCGGGGCAUCGAUUUCCGGGAUACACCGUACCAUUACGGGGUUGGUGCAUUUUCCGAGCGGGAUGGGUUUAUUUGCAAUUAGUCUGUAGCCGAACUUCGAUUUUCAUUAAGUUGUUUAAGUGUAUCGUUUUUUUUUUAAAUUCUUAAAUGUUUCUAAUCCUAGCUUUCUCCCCCACCUCCCCCCACCCCUCAGACACACAAUCCAUGACGCAUUCCCUACAAUAAAAUGACGCUGCUAUAUUCCCUUUUACGGUGCAGGAAAUUAUGACUGAGAGAUAGAAAGAUAGAGAGAAAGAGAGAGAGAAAGAGAGAGAGA